AUGGCGACGGUGCUGGCGGGCGGCUCUGGGCGGGAGGUGCGGGAGGCAGCGCGGCGCUCGGGGGUCUGCCGGUCCGCCCGCCCGCCCCCGGCGGCUGGGGCUGCGUGCCCGCAGGUACCGCGGGUUGUGCGGCGGGGGUGGGCGCCGGGAUACCCGCUGGCUGGGGAGCUACAGUAGUACUGUGGCUCCCAGCAGGCCCGGCCGCUGGUGCCGGCUGUGUGCCUGACGGGAGCUGUAGUUCUGCGCGGAUGCCCCUCUCGGCGCGGGGUGUUGUGGCAGGGAGCGCCGUGGUUUGCGCUGCGGUGGACAGGCCGAGCUGGCGCGGCAGAGGUGCCCCACGAGAAGAGUUGGCGUCACAGAAUCGGUGAUGCAGUCACCUAAUGCCAUGGGUUGGAAGGGACCUUGAAUAUACGCUUCGAACUCCGUGCCAUGGAGACGCCUUCCACUAGACCGUACUGCUCGGAGCCCCAUCCAGCCUAGCCCUGAGCGUAUCCGGGAAUGCUAGAUCCACAGUUUCUUGGAGCAGCUUAUUCCACUGUCUCACCACCCCCCCCAGCAAAGAAUGUCUUCCUCCUAUCUUACCUAAACCUAUUCUCUAAUCAAAGCCUGUGACUCUAGUUGAAGACCAUUCCACGUGUCCUAGCGCUACAUGCCCUGGUGCAUGUUCCACUCCAGCUCUCUUGUAGGCCCCACUGAAAAAUAAGGUCACCCCUGAGAUCAGUGUUAGUCAGCGUAUCCCCUGCUUGCUGCUGUCAGGGUAUGACACUUUAAAAAAACCAAACAAACAAAUUAACAUGCAGCUUCAUAACUGUGUAUUUAUUCUGGGAGGAUGACAAACUUCUCCAGCGCCUGAGAUUCAGAGAUAAGAGGCACAUGGAAAAGAGGUGUAUGGCAGAGGGCUCCCCAGCCUAGGCCCUGGCCGGGCUCCUGGCUCGCUGUGCCAGCAGUGCUGAGAGUUUUGCUCAGGUUGCACCUCUGUUAUACCCCUCAGAGACAUGGAGACCCCUCCUUCUGAGUGGUGCUCUGCCCAUCACUUUCAGGGCCUGACCAUGUAGAUGGCUGCAGUUUGCCUGAUGCUAAGCAGGUUGGUUGUUUAAGUUCCUUGGGGUAGCCUGCACCACCUGCACAUGCCAGCUCUCAUAUCCAUCUCAUUUUUCCUUGGUGGUCCCCUUGGUUUUGAAAUAUUUCUAUAACACUGUAAGUAAGGUAUGAAUCUAAGGAUUCUAAACUGUGUAGUUCAGCAAAUUGAAUUCACGAAGGAUAAAAUUCUGCUGCCCUACUCUCUGUUGACACUGUGACCACUGACUGCCCAUGAUGUGUGGUGCAGUAGUCCCACCCCAGACACCAGAAUGAUUUGUACACCAAGUUUGGAAAGGCGCAUGACAAGGACAGGUCUUUCAGUGCUAGAUCAGCAGAGGUCUGUGGGAAGGAAAUGGCAGUGUAAUAUAGGUCAAUUUCAUGCUGAAUAAAAUAUAUUUGUUUAUCCAUUGAAACUGUUUCUAUUAAAUUUAAUGGAUAAAUGUGCCAUUUAAUGGCUUUCUUUUUCUUCAGGUUUUAUGAAGUGUGUCAUUAUCAUGCUUCACUUGCUUAGAAAAUAAGAGUUUUUAUUUAUGUGGCCAGUUACAUUUUCCCAGGGAUAUGCAGAAUGAGAAUAAACAAUCUAUCUCAGUUCAAUACUUGGUCCUUUCAUGGUUAGAAUAAUUUUUUAUAGGCCAAAACCUUAAAAUAUUACAGUGUAACAGUGUAAGCUGUUACUCUCUGUUACAAAGUCAGUAGUAGCAAAUAAAAAUCCUCUGGACACCUCUUUUUGUGACAGCAAAAGCUUGUCAAAUAGUUUUAUGUAUGAUGCUGUUCUAAAGCAGCUUGCAACACAAGUUGCAAGUAAAGUCAGCACCCAAAGUUAAUUUUGACAUUCUAGACUCAGUGACGGUCUUACCUCUGGUGUCUGUACUACAGCAAAACAUUACUAGGUCUCCCAAGUGUUACUACAAUCCAGAUAAUACACUUGUCUUUAUAAACUAAAAAAAAUAAGCUUUUUGUGUCUUUCCACUGCAUUUGGAGCUUCCAGACUGAUUCAUUUUAUAGCAGCAAGAACAGCACCUGUGGGGCAAGCAAGCUGUGCCACAAGUGAAUUGUGGAAAACAAAAGAAAACAAGAUAAAUCCUUACAAAAGUACAAAGGAGGGGGCAGGAAUUUUGUGCAGAACCUUCUUGUGCCUUAGCUUAGUGGAGAGGAAUGGAGCCUCUAGUCUUUCUUUUGCACAUCCAAUAACUAGAUACUUCUUCAACUUUGUACAAACAAGCUCUGGAAAGCUCUGACGUAUUAUUUGGGUUCUUUUGUCAGUGUUGUGAGUAACUGCAGUUUUUGUAGUCUGUUUUUUAGUGUCAUAUCCCAAUGGUCUAGAAUCACAUCGUUGUCAGUAAUUCAUACAUGCCAGGUUCCGUACUAUCAAAUCAUACAGUGUGACAUAAAACUCAACCUUCCUCUUUUUUUCUUAUGACAGGGAAGCGGUAUCUGCUAACAGCAGAAGAUAUAAAGCUACAAGAAUUUCAGCAGAUGAAGGUAGCAAUUAGAAAUGAGUUUCAUGGCAAUAAAGAUCAGUAUUUUAAAAACAUUAAAAAAAAAACUAAGGAAAAUGGAAUAAUUCUCAGAAAUUAAUUAAAAAACUUGCUGCAUUUAUGUCAGACUUCAUCUGAAGUGGAACUAGCCAGAAAAGUUAUUUACAGAUACCAUGAACAGAAUGGAGUCACAGCCUUAAAUAAUUUUAAAUUUGGACCACUCUUUAUGAGGCUGUGUUAUGAGCUAGACCUUGAAAGACCUGCAGCAGAACUUAUCAAAGAUCAGAAAUUGCAUAUUUUUUUCUCAGACAGUACGUCGUUCCAUAUUUUGAUGACUAUGUUGUUUUAAAAGGGCCAUUUUGAAAGUGCUUUGGAAGUUUUGGUAGAAAUGAAAAAACAAGGUAUACCUUUCAACAAAGAAACCUAUCUACUUGCAGUUGCAAUAUGCUAUAAACUGGGCAACCUGGAGUCUUCCAAAACCUCUGUGAGACUGCUUGAAGAAGCUCAGCUUAAAGGGGACACGUUGUCACUGAGAGCAUACUGCUUUGCAAUGGCAACUGCUCUCAAGCAGAAUGAUAUAGCACAAGCCAAAUUUUAUUGAUCCCAGAUAAUGAGAACAGAGAACAAACUAUACAAUAAUCUUAAAGUCCUCGUCCAGCUCAGAUCUGGUUUGCUAAAAGAGGUAAUAAAUGCAUUAGAGGCAGCAGUGGAAGUAGAUGCUCCUCCCUUUGUGAAAAGAACAGAGUUUUCUGAGCAGGUGUUGGCUACAGUCAGGGAAAAGAUGAAAGAGAACCCUGACCUUUCUGUCAAAUUAGGAAAUAUUUAUACAAAACUACAGGCAGAUAAUCAGUUGGAAAACAUGCUUUUUCAGAUUUCUAGUUCAAAAAAGACCACUGCAAAGCUUUUAAAUCAGAAACAGUUGGGCUAUCAGGGUGCUAAUCCACUUUGGUCAAAUCUGUUGUUUGAAUAAUUCAGUAUUUGAUGACUAGCUGAACUGCUGAUAGCAUCUCUUAUAAUCGAGGCUCAAAUAAUGUCUUUUCCCUUUUUACACAGUGAGUGUUUUGAAGUUGUUUGUAUAAAAUUUCAUUUUAAAUACAGAUCAUAUAACUGCCAUGUUUCAAUUUUGAUCCUAAGAAAAAGCUGUAUUUGUGCAUUGUUCAGAAAUGGGAGUGAUAGAAAGGUUUGACUUUUUCCUUAGGUUCUUGUAUCAGGAUUUGUGAAUGGAUGGAAGUGAGCAAAGUGGUAUGAGUAUCUGAGCUGACUUCUGUGGCUCAGGAGAAGAAAAUGUGGUCUUCAUCAGAUGUAAUGUUCUGACUGAAAGGAUAGAGGCAGGCAGAAGUCCAGAUAAAAGGGCAUGGAAGUGCUUGAACUACUAAUUCAAAGUCUGUAGAUGUCAAGAGAAUCAGAGGGAAGGCAAGCAUCUUUUGUUCACUUUAAUAUCUUUUUCUUUUAAAGAAAUAUAUUAGUAUUUUUUUUCAUAUCAGCUGGGAUCAUGGGAAUUCCAUGGGAAUUAGCAUGGUAACCAAGUGGUUGCUUUCUUGCUUGAAGGAGAUUCUUGAUCAAAAGUCACUUUCAGAGUGAGUGACUUCACAAAUUGCUUCCUUCUAAUUUUCUGGUAUUAAGAUUCCUAGGAUAAGCCAAUCUUGAUGCAAAUUUGCAAGUAAUAGGAAGUUUGUUAGAGCAAUUAUGAUCACAUUUUUAGCUAUAAUUAGACCAUCUGCAUAGUUUACCCUAUGUUUUGUUCAAAUAAAAAGUACAAAGAAGCUUCAUUUUGUUCAGCUUUAAUGACUAUAGAUCAAAUGUGCUUGACUCGAGCAAUAAAAAACUGUUUGUGUCUGUGAGUCCUGUAUACCCAAUAAUCUGAACCCUCUCACCAUCCAGAAUAGAGGGAAUUGGAAACACAUACCUUGACUAGCAUUCCUGUUCCUCUGGAUGCCUUUGCAUGUGAAAUGAUGAACAUGGUGGUAAGAGAACUUGGCAAUCUUUUAAGCACAAGACUAGGUGGAACUCAGCUUGGUACUUGCCAAGUUGGGCUGCAUUAUCUCUCCUCUCCCUUCUGCUUAUUUAUUUUGUCUCUGCAAAUUUUGUCUUGACUCUGUCAAGCAGAUGACAGAACUCAGAGUAUAUUUUCUGUGAAUAAAUAUCUGCAUCAAUAUCACUGAAACCAGUGAGACGCCAAAGAAACAAGAACCUAUCCAUGCUUCAAAACAGAUGAGGCUACAGCCAGCAGGAUGUUUCCUUCUGAGGCUCUAACUCUGUAACUUAUGUCUUUUGUCACAGUGUGUUCUGUUAAUAUUUAAAAUGUACAAAAACUACUACAAAGUAGAUGGAAUUUCAUGCAAGUGAAGAAUAAUUUGAAGUGUGUAUCACACUUCUGUGAAUCCUGUCUACCUUUUUAUGAUUGGUGGCAUAGACUAAAGCACUACAUGCAUUAAUCUAAGAACAUAGCUAUUACCUUUUCUGUAAUAUAUUCUAGUAUGUAAUUCUAAUUUCCCUUCAUUGAAAAUUCUUUCAACAUUUCCAGUACUAUGUGGAUCACUGAGAAGUUCCCAAUCUCUUCUCCACAAAUAAGUUUGACACGAGAUUUGUAAAGGCUACUUGCAGCGUGGCAAGGAUUAGUGGCAAAAUUACAAUUCAGUUUACUCUGUUUGUGUGAACAGGAAAACCAUCUGGUCUCAUCCAGUACGAUUGGGACAACUGUUUGGUGUUAAAAGUGUAUACAUACCACAUUUUUAAAGGCCAUCAAAGACAGUUUUACCCAUUUAGCCUUGCAUAGCAAAUACAUAAACUCACUUCUGUUUAAUUUCCUGUCAUGGCACUUUGAAACUUGUAUUAUUUGCCAGAAGUUGUUGCAUUCUUGGACUGUGCAUGUGUGCUUGCAUGCAUUCUAAUCAGAAUUGUUUAGGUCCCUAACUAAGGCUGUAUCCUACCUGCAACUGAAGUAGUCAUAACUUCUAUUAA